CGCCUGCGGCCGCCAGGGAGAGCGCAGCCGGUAGCCUUCCGGGAGGAGGCGCCUGGGGCGGGCGGCACGCAUUCCUCGGCCCUUAGUCACCGCGGCCGCCCCUCGGCCGGGCCCGCCCCCGGCGCGCACGCCCCUCGGCCCAUGGCAUUCCCAGGCGGCAGGCCGGGCGGGCGCCCUCCCGGCCAGCGGCGGCGGCCCGUGGAGACCCCUCCGGACGCCCCUCCGAGGACCCCUGUGGCGGCUGCUCAGCUGUUCUUUCCAGGCCCUACUGAAAGGUCAUCUUCUGGAGUCUCCACAUCCUGAAGACUGACCCUGGCUGCCACACUGUGUUUAGGUCUGGACCCAUUGUGUCCUUGGAGACUUAUCAGCAUUGUUACUAAACAGAACCCCACACCUCCAGGCCUGUCUCACUUCACUUGGAACCAUGAGUGAGGCCCGAAGAGACAGCACCAGCAGUCUGCAACGCAAGAAGCCUCCAUGGCUAAAGUUAGAUAUCCCAGCUGUGGUGCCCCCAGCAGCAGAGGAACCCAGCUUCCUGCAGCCCCUGCGGCGCCAGGCUUUCCUUCGGAGUGUGAGUAUGCCAGCUGAGACAGCCCGUGUCCCGUCACCCCACCAUGAGCCUCGGCGGCCAGUACUGCAGCGCCAGACAUCCAUUACACAGACCAUCCGCAGGGGGACAGCAGACUGGUUUGGAGUGAGCAAGGACAGUGACAGCACCCAGAAGUGGCAGCGCAAGAGCAUCCGUCACUGCAGCCAGCGCUAUGGGAAGCUGAAGCCACAGGUCAUCCGGGAGCUGGACCUGCCCAGCCAGGACAACGUGUCACUGACUAGCACCGAGACGCCACCCCCACUGUAUGUGGGGCCAUGCCAGCUGGGCAUGCAGAAGAUCAUAGACCCUCUGGCCCGUGGCCGGGCCUUCCGCAUGGCCGAUGACACUGCUGAUGGCCUGAGUGCCCCUCACACUCCUGUCACACCAGGUGCUGCCUCCCUCUGCUCCUUCUCCAGCUCCCGCUCAGGUUUCAAUCGGCUUCCUCGGCGGCGGAAGCGUGAAUCGGUGGCCAAGAUGAGCUUUCGGGCCGCUGCAGCACUGGUGAAGGGCCGCUCCAUUAGGGAUGGCACAUUGAGAAGGGGACAGCGCCGAAGCUUUACUCCUGCCAGCUUCCUGGAGGAAGACAUGGUAGACUUCCCUGAUGAGUUGGACACAUCUUUCUUUGCCAGGGAAGGUGUCCUUCACGAGGAGCUGUCCACAUAUCCAGAUGAGGUUUUUGAGUCCCCAUCAGAGGCAGCUCUCAAGGACUGGGAGAAAGCCCCGGAGCAGGCGGACCUCACGGGCGGGGCCCUGGAUCGCAGCGAGCUUGAGCGAAGCCACUUGAUGCUGCCCAUGGAGCGAGGCUGGCGGAAGCAGAAGGAGGGCAGUACGCUAGCCCCGCAGCCCAAGGUGCGGCUUCGCCAGGAGGUGGUGAGUGCUGCUGGACCCAGGAGGGGCCAGCGCAUUGCUGUACCAGUGCGCAAGCUCUUCGCUAAGGAAAAGCGACCCUAUGGUUUGGGGAUGGUGGGACGGCUCACCAACCGCACCUACCGGAAACGUAUCGACAGCUAUGUCAAGCGCCAGAUCGAGGACAUGGAUGACCAUAGGCCCUUCUUCACCUACUGGCUCACCUUCGUUCACUCGCUUGUCACCAUUCUAGCAGUAUGCAUCUAUGGCAUUGCACCUGUGGGCUUCUCACAGCAUGAGACGGUGGACUCGGUGCUUCGGAAUCGGGGAGUCUAUGAGAAUGUCAAAUAUGUGCAGCAAGAGAACUUCUGGAUUGGUCCCAGCUCGGAGGCCCUCAUUCACCUAGGUGCCAAGUUCUCGCCUUGCAUGCGCCAGGACCCACAGGUGCACAGCUUCAUCCGUGUUGCCCGAGAACGGGAGAAACAAUCUGCCUGCUGCGUACGCAAUGACCGGUCUGGCUGUGUACAGACUUCCGAGGAGGAGUGCUCGUCCACAUUGGCAGUGUGGGUGAAGUGGCCUGUUCAUCCCAGUGCCCCAGACCUUGCAGGCAACAAGAGGCAGUUUGGUUCUGUCUGCCACCAAGACCCUAGGGUCUGUGAUGAGCCCUCUUCAGAAGACCCCCAUGAGUGGCCAGAAGAUAUCACCAAGUGGCCGAUCUGCACCAAAAACACAGCUGGAAACCAUACUAACCACCCUCAUAUGGACUGUGUCAUAACAGGCCGGCCCUGCUGUAUUGGCACCAAAGGCAGGUGUGAGAUCACCUCUCGGGAGUACUGUGACUUCAUGAGGGGCUACUUCCACGAGGAGGCCACACUCUGCUCUCAGGUGCACUGUAUGGAUGACGUUUGUGGCCUCCUGCCUUUUCUCAACCCAGAGGUGCCUGACCAGUUCUACCGCCUGUGGCUGUCUCUCUUCCUGCACGCUGGGAUCCUGCAUUGUUUGGUAUCCGUCUGCUUCCAGAUGACAGUCCUGAGGGACCUGGAGAAGCUGGCAGGCUGGCACCGUAUAGCCAUCAUCUACCUGCUGAGUGGUGUCACAGGCAACCUAGCCAGUGCCAUCUUCCUGCCAUACAGAGCAGAGGUGGGCCCAGCUGGAUCACAGUUUGGCAUUUUGGCCUGCCUUUUUGUGGAGCUCUUCCAGAGUUGGCAGAUCCUGGCACGCCCCUGGCGUGCCUUCUUCAAGCUGCUGGCUGUGGUGCUCUUCCUCUUUGCCUUUGGGCUGCUGCCGUGGAUCGACAACUUCGCCCACAUCUCAGGCUUCAUAAGUGGCCUCUUCCUUUCGUUUGCCUUCCUGCCCUACAUCAGCUUUGGCAAGUUUGACCUGUACCGCAAGCGCUGCCAGAUCAUCAUCUUCCAGGCAGUCUUCUUGGGCCUGCUGGCCGGCCUGGUGGUACUCUUCUACUUCUAUCCAGUCCACUGUAAGUGGUGUGAGUUUCUCACCUGCAUCCCCUUCACCGACAAGUUCUGUGAGAAGUAUGAACUGGAUGCUCAGCUCCAUUGAACCAGCUCUGGGCAUUGGCGGCCACAACCAUCCUGGCCUCCGGGGUCUGAACACAGAUGGUGCUUCCUGAACACAGACCUCUUGUGCCUUGUCACUCCGAUUGGACCUCUUCUGCUGGACAUUUAUUACAUGAGUUCUCAUGAUAACCUUUUAACUCGUCCCUUGACGACCACCUCAUGUGGCCAAUAAAUGGACCGGGAGCGUUUUAGCUGCCACUAACUAGACAAGGGCUGUCUCAUUUCCUGAUUUCUGGAUGGGCUAUGCAGAGAGGCCCUAAAGGACUUGGAAGUGCAAUUCCCUACAUCAUAGGCAUUACAGGCUUUUACCUCUCUGUAUAGUAUUGGACAUGGACCUAGGGAUAUGCUGCUGCCUCUCCACAGUGGGGAACAUCCUGCAUGCCAGCAGUUAAUUCCCCACCAUGCUGUCUCUCUACAGAGCUUGGGGAAUGCAUGGUUAUAGGGAAUCUGCAGGUGGGGGCUUGAACCCUCCACUCCUACCUGUGUCACCUGCUGGCUCCCACCAUAGGCUCCGGGAUGCAGGCUCUUGUCUCCCCACAACAGAAAGGAAAGCUAGCUGCUCAGCUUGAAUUUUCUUCUUGCUGUGAGGUCAUGGUAAGAGGUAAGUAGUGUGACCUGAGGUCAGGCUCAGGCAUGACCUCUAAUACUUAAGCUCUCUCACAUGGGACACUGUGGCUUUCCAUAUACAAAGCAAACAGGUUUAUUCAGUGGGCCAGGCCUAUAGCCAUGUGAGAUCUUCAGGGUCAAAUUCAUAGGCAAGCAAGAGACAGAGGCUCAUCCUAUCCUAGUCCUCAGGGCCUCAGGGCUCAUGCUGACAGCUCCAGCUGGGUACACCAGGGUUACAGGCACACCAGGGAUGCAGCUACCCCAACACCCUUUUCUGCGAGUAUCAGGAGAGGGCUCCAUCUUGCUGGGAGACUCCAGAUCACCAGAGAAUAAUUGUCCUUGUCUGGGUUCACUUUUGCCUCAGUUUUUUGAUGAAGGAAACUUCAUC